UGCGUCUGUGCGCCACAAAAACACUGCGUCACACACGCCGCUUGUUGUCGUUUUUAGAUUUUAGUUUUUAUCAGCGGGUACACGAGUAGAAUAAAUAUAACAAAUAGAUAAUAAACGUAUAUGACUUUCUUAUGGUUAAAAAACAAAUUGAAUUUAUAUAUUUACGUGUUUUUUUCUGUUUCUUUAUCUGGGUGUUGAAUCCUCUGUAAUUUCCCCUUUACUUGUUUUUACUUAAACAAAUAAAGUGAAAGGAGCAAGUAAUCGAUCUUAAAGUAAAACAAAUGCGUUUGUUAUGAUCAUCCGGGGUAUCAAGCUGCGCUCCUAUUGGUCAGAGCCACAGUGGGUACUGCGCAUGCGUGUUUCUGUCGGUCGGCUGGAGGAGAAAAUGGCGGCGCUCAUGUUCGGACCGCAGGUUCGUCAGUUCAGUACAUCUGCAGUCAGACCAGUUUCAAAGCUGGUCAAGCCACCCAUUCAAGUCUAUGGCGUGGAAGGCCGCUAUGCCACUGCUCUGUUCUCUGCUGCCAGCAAGCAGAAAAAACUGGACCAAGUUGAGCAGGAGCUUGGAAAAGUCCAUACUGUGAUCAAGGACCCAAAACUCUCCAGUGUUGUGAUGGAUCCUCAUGUGAAGCGUAGCCUCAAACUGAAGACUUUUAACGAAGCCCUGGCAAAGGAAAAAGUGUCGCCGAUCACACUGAACCUCAUCAACGUCUUGGCUGAAAAUGGCCGCCUGAAUCUGACUGCCGACGUCAUCACUGCGUUUGCUAAAAUGAUGAGUGCACACCGUGGAGAGGUCAUCUGCUCCGUCACAACUGCUCAGCCUUUGGAUGAAGCAAAUCUCGCUGAACUGAAAAUUGCUCUGAAAGGGUUUCUUCAGAAAGGUGAAACCAUCAAACUAGAAACAAAGUCCGAUCCUGCGAUCCUCGGAGGCAUGAUUGUCAGUAUUGGAGACAAGUAUGCGGACAUGUCGACUAAAACAAAGAUUCAGAAGUUGACAAAGCUCAUCCGGGAAACAUAAUUCCCCCGGAGUUUUAACAAAGUGGAGGACGGCCACUGUAAUUUGCUUCUUGCUUCUUGUGAGCAUUUGAGUACUAUGUGUAUAAAAUCAUAUAGAUGUUAAUAAAUAAAACAAAAACUGAACU